AUGAGUUUUGAAGUCAAUCCAACGGGACCAUCGUGCACCAAGGAACAGGAUCACAUAUAUGCGCCCCCUUGGUCGCUAUGCACACCACCUGCACACUGCGGCCACGCCCAAGGACACCCCUGCCACUCUCACAGCGACCAGGCGUCGAAGUCGGAGGCGCAGCGUCAGCCGCCUGGCAACACCGCCUGCACUGCGACCACGCCCAAGGACACCCCUGCCACUCUCACAACGACCAGGCGUCGAAAUCGGAGGUGCAGCGUUGGCCACCUUGUAACCACCCACCGAAUCGGGGCCCUUCACUUCCCGAACGCUUCUUCCGACGCCGUUCUGGGGGACAGAGCAACUUGGAGCAUGUAA